AUGGCCAGGGGCCAGGCCUGCCUGUCAGGAGCUCUGGCGUGCAUACUGCUGGCCUGUGCAGCCUCUCCAGCAGCAGCCCAGCCGCAGCAGACGGGGCUAGACCCUCUAGAAGCUCUGCUGCCGGAGCUUCGCACGGCCACAGACGUGUGGAGUGCUGCUGAGCUGCUGGCAGCCCUGAACGAGACGUCAGGAUCCACGCAGGGGCAGCUGAUCACCCUCCAGGACGACAUCUACAUCCGCCCCGACGAUCUGCUGGCCUUCCAGGGCAGCCUGCCCAUCAACGGCGGCAACCGCACCGUGGUGCUGCGCGGUGGCAAGGCGGGCGCCAGCCGCGAGGGCGCCAGCGCCUGCACCCUGGACUGGGGCGAGGUCGUCGACCUCCUCUUCCAUCCCGCGGGCCACUCCUUUUAUGCAUACAACCUCAUCCUGCAGGCACGCACUGCUGGCAUGGCCCCCUCCGCUGCCGGCUACGCCGCCGGGCUGGGCACGCAGAUGGUGGCCGGCGUGUUUUGGCCAACGACCACCGGCGAGCCCGGGCACUUGAUGGGCUUCUGGAGCAGCGUCAUCCGGGUGGUCAGCCCCAGCUGCGGCCAGAACAGCACCAGCUUCGCCGUGCGCGCGCUGCAGCAGCUGCUGCGCCGCAACGACACGGUGCGCCAGCUGGACGCUCAGUCGUACUACGUGGGGCAGCAGCUCAACGGCAGCUACGCCGUGCGCGUGCUGCCUACUGGAGACACAGGCACGUACUCCGGCAACAUUCGCUGGUCCUGGGACAACACCGUCGUCACCUGCACCCGGCCGCGCCCCGUCACCACCUCGCCGCCAGCCCCCAGCACCUCCGCCGAGGCCGCCCUGCUGGCCUCCCGCCACAACGCCACCGCCGGCAUCGCUGCCACUGCCGACGAGCUGCUGGCCCUGCUGGCCACCCCCGACAUCUCCCGCAUCAUCCUGGGAGCCCAUAUCUCCCUUGGUGCGGCACACGGGCAGGGCACCUUCCUGCCCAUCGUGCUGCAAGGCCGCCACCUGAUCGUGGAGUCGAACGAUGAGGCGCCCAAAGUGUUGGAUCUUGGCGCCUGCCCGUCGCUGCUGUACCUUUCCGCCGACAGCACGCUGACCUUCAGCAGGGUCAUCCUGCAGGGUGCUGCGCCUCCCUCCAGCGUCAUUGCCAACCGCUCCUCUGUCAUCGUGGGCUCGCCCCUGUGGCCAACCGUGGACGGCGCCGAGGGCCACCAGCUGCUCAUGCUCAACUGCACCAUCACCAGCUACGUGACCCCGUGCAGCCGCAACUCGACACAGCUAACAGUGGAGCUGCUGCGCAAGGUGUUGGGCCAGGACGGGGUGCAGAGCAUGGGCGACACCAGCUACUCCAUCCUGCCACGCUUCCGCCAGGCCGCGCCCAUCCGAAGCAUGCUGGGGGAGCAAGUGGGCAGCACCCCAUACACAUAUGAGUCGGUAGUGAUCCAGUGUGUGGAGGAUCCUGGGCUGGGGCUGGCUGCUGAGCUGCUGCAACGUCAAGCGCUCACCAACACCAGUGCCCCGGCAGCCGUCAGCAGCGAUAACGGCAGCAGCAGCAGCAGCGGCGGCGGCGGCGGCACAGCGUGGGUUCCCAUCGUGAUUGCAGUUACGGCAGCCGUCGCCUUGGCAGCAGCUGCCGCUGGCGCGGUGCUGGUGUGGCGCCGCGGCCGCCGCAGGAAGCAGCGGAUCGAAGCUGUCAGGCUGGCGCCUGCCGUUCCCCUGACGUCACGUGGCGCCAAGAUGGAUCGGAUGGAGUCUGGGGACUUGGAUGAUGCCUGCAACAAGCUCGGCACGGAUGCCUCAGCCUGCCCCACUCCCUCGCCCCCACGCACCAGCGAUGAGCGGCCAUCUGCAGACGACGGCAAGCCAGCCGGCGCCUCCGCCCCGCUCACACCAGAGCGAGGUCUGAGGCUGGCAGGUCCCUGCCCGCAGCACACCCUGUUUGGCGUGGUGGAGGGCCUGGAGAUUGCAGAGCUGCUGGGCAGGGGAGGCUACGGCAAGGUGUACAAGGGGCGCUGGAACGGCGCCAUCGUGGCGGUGAAGGUGGUGGAGCACCGUGUUGCGGCGGGGACUGAUGGCAGCCUGUCUCGCGAGCCGCUGCUGUGCAUGAGUGUGUCCCACCCCAACUGCAUCACCACCUACAAGCUCUCGGUCAUCCGCCUGCUGCGGGGGGAGGAUCUGCUGGAGGAGCAAUCGUCUUCAGAAUCACUGCCACCAACCGGCUGCCUUUCCAACAACAGCGGCCGCACUGACGACAGCGCAAUGGCCAGCGGUGCCAACAAGGGCGGCCGCCGCGUGCGCUCGCUGCUGUCUGGCGCGGAGGCUGUGGAGGUGGAGGAUCCCUAUGGCCAGCUGCAGCCGGGGCUGUACGAGACAUGGAUCUAUUGCGACCGCGGCACUCUGGUGGAGGCCCUGGAUGAGAAGAAGCUGCGCCUGCCAGACGGCAGCCCCAACAUGGUGCCUGUCUACCUGUGCCUGCUGGACAUCGCCAGCGGCAUGCAAUAUCUGCACUCGCUGGGCAUCAUGCACAGCGACCUCAAGCCCGCCAACGUGCUGCUGAAGGGCGCCCGCAACAGCAAGCGCGGCUUCAUUUGCAAGCUGGCCGACUUUGGGCUGAGCAGGAUGCUGGACGGCUGCGCCACGCAUGUGGAGACGGGCAGCCUGGGCACGCCCACCCACGCUGCCCCCGAGCUGCUCAGGGAGGGGCACCUGUCCCCUGCGGCAGAUGUGUUUGCUUUUGGCGUGCUGGCCUGGGAGCUGGCGGCCGGGGAGGAGGCGUAUCGCGGCAUGCACCCCAUUUGGGUCACGCAGCAGGGCACUCGCCCGCCGCCGCUGCCCGACUGCCCGCCGCCGCUGGCGCAGCUGAUGCAGCGCUGCUGGGAGGAGGAGCCGGCGGACAGGCAAGUGGGAUCCGCGGGACCCAAGCUUCAGGAGCAGCUGGCGGCCGAGCGCCAGGCACGCCAGCUGCAGCAGCAGCCGGGCCUCAGCUCCACUACUACCAGCGACCUCGAGGGGGUGAGCAGCAGCACCCUGCCCACAAUCGAGGAGAUCACCAGCCAGGAUUCGUGA